GUCUAGAAAAUACAACCAAAAAAGUUAUGUCUGUUUAUGAACCUUUUGUUGAAGGAUGGGAUUUUGUGGAGACACUUGGUGAAGGUGCCUAUGGAGAGGUCAGGCUGGCAAUCAAUAGGAAAACGCAAGAAGCAGUUGCUGUAAAGAUUGUAAAUGCAGACAAACUUGUUGGGAAUAAAGAUAAUUUAAAAAAAGAAGUGUGCAUCCACAGAAUGUUAGAACAUAACCACAUAGUCAAAUUUUACGGUCAGAGAACAGAAGCUGAUCGUAUCUAUUUAUUCCUAGAAUAUGCUCCAGGCGGUGAGCUCUUUGACAAAAUAGAACCUGAUGUAGGUAUGCCUGUUUCACAAGCUAAUAAAUAUUUUAAACAGCUCAUCAGUGGGUUGGAGUAUAUUCAUUCAAAAGGUGUUACACAUCGUGAUAUUAAACCAGAAAAUCUGUUAGUUGAUAUAGAAGAGAAUCUAAAGAUUACAGAUUUCGGGUUAUCAACUGUGUUCAAAUAUAAAAAUAAAGAGCGUUUGUUAAAAAGAUGUUGUGGUACACCACCCUACGUUGCACCAGAGGUAUUGAAACAAAGUGAAUAUAAAGCUGAACCAGCGGACAUUUGGUCUUGUGGGAUUGUUCUUACUGCUAUGUUAGCUGGAGAGUUGCCAUGGGAUGAACCUUCUAGAAACUGUAAAGAAUAUGUGAACUGGAUAGAGUCAAAAAAGGUGCAUACGACACCCUGGAUUAAAAUUGAUACAUUAUCAUUAGGUUUUCUUAAAAAGAUUUUGGUUGCCACACCUAAUCAGAGGUAUACGAUAUCUCAAAUCAAAAAAGAUAAAUGGUUUAAUAGGUCAUAUUCUGGAUCAAAGAGUAAAACUCCUCGGACAGGUUUUUCAAAUUCUGAAUCACCAGCAAUGAAAAGACACUGCUCAAACACUGAGGCUGUAAGCCCCUUAGACGUAAAACAUUGUAGUAACCGCAUUUCGCUGUCGCAACCGGACCCCUCUAUUUCUUCUCGUGAUACGUACGAGAAUGAUGAUCACGUGAAUGAUGAGAAUGAUUUAAGAGCGCCGCUAUGGUAUUCACAACCGACACAUAUAGAAGAUAUGUUGCUGAGUCAAAUAUCUGCAACACCUGGUUCGUCACAGAAUCCAUUCACUCAUCUUGUAAAACGAAUGACCAGAUUUAAUGUUGGUAUGGGCUUAGAUGAAGCUGCUAAGAAAAUAUCGAAAACACUAGAAGAUUUAUCGUAUUCCUAUAAAAUAACGUCACAGAAUCAAAUAAGAGUCACCACAAUAGAUCGAAGAAAAACUACUUUGGUAUAUCUUAUCAACUUUAUUGAAAUUCAUCAAAAACCGUUAUUGGCGGAUUUUAGAUUAGCUAAGGGUGAUGGGCUCGAGUUUAAAAGAGAAUUUCAAAAAAUCAAAAGAGAGAUGAAGGAAUAUUUAGUAUAGCUGAUUCAUUUUCGCUCAGUUGUACUAAAUGAGAAAUGCAUUGGAUGAAAUUUCACAAUUACGAGGUGAACACGACAAUAUUACGUUUUCAUGGUGAUCGAUCAACGUUAAUCAGACUGCGUGUUUCUUCAAAAAACCUUAAUUGUUCGCUGUUAACACAUUUCUCAUGCUGUCAAAAGUAUAAAUCACUUCUCUUAUUUGGUGGAGAUUAGGUCAGCUAAUUAAUAUAAUUAGAUUAUUUCCUACUAAAUAUUGCGCACAGGAUUUCGGUCCGUUUUUGCGAUAAUAAAGCAAAAGAGCUAGUCCUGAGUGAUAAUCUGUAAGAGUUGUGCCGGUUUCUCUGAACGGCGCUGAUAUUUAGUUAAAACGCUGUGUUUCCCAACUGGGUGACGUAAUUACACUGUAUGCCUUCUAUGUGUACUUUAUUUGAUUGUCCGACAAAACCGUGUAGAAAAUGUAAAAGUUGAUUUAGUCCUGGAAAAUCUGAAAACAGCUAUUUUAGAAAAAUGUUCUGCUAAAAAAUAUACGCUUUUAAUAAUAAUCUCUUUUUUAAUAAUAAGUCUCAUAAAAAAUCAAUACUUUAUCAUGCUCCUGUUAAAUCUGACAUAAAUCAUUAUAUUAGAAUUUUUUUAAGUACUGGCCUUAAAUUUGCACCUUAUUGUUAAACCAUUGCUGUUAUAGCCCUAAGCAGCUGCUAAUUUAUCCCAGACAUAACUUCUUUUUUUUUUGAUUCUAGACUUGUAGGGAAAAGGAGAAAAGGUGUUGACUUUAUGUUCAUAUACUUCUUGUUUGCAUUUAAGAAAUGCUGAACAUUUUAUUAUACCUUCUUAUAACUUUGCCUUUUAUUUAUCGUUGGUUUUUGUUAAAAAAUGUUUUGUUAAGUAAUUUGUAAAUAAUAUACUAAAAAAAUAUAUUUUUAUGACUAUA